CAUCAGCUCCUCCUCCGAGCCUCCUGGGGAGCCAAGUUCUCCUCUUCCCAUUUAAAUGCUGCAGGAAUUAUAGUUUUGUUGUUGUUGUUGAUUUUAGUGUUUAGUGUUAGUGUUAGGAGUAGAUUAUUGUUCGUAUUUUAGAGUUAGGCAUAGGUUACUUGUAGUGUUUUAGUGUUAGGCAUAGGUUCCUGUUCUUGAGUUAGGCAUAGGUUACUUGUAGUGUUUUAGUGUUAGGCAUAGGUUCCUGUUCUUAUGUUAGAGUUAGGCAUAGGUUACUUGUAGUGUUUUAGUGUUAGGCAUAGGUUCCUGUUCAUACUUGACAGUUAGGGGUAGAUUGCUGGUGUCAAGUGGCAGUGAGCAGCGCUCACUCGGUAAGCACACGCCUGAUUGCUCAUGCGAAGGCAUGAGUGCGAGUGCCGUGAGCACGGAGGCCCGAUGGCAUCUUGGAUGGAUUGAAUUUGCAGCUUGUGACUUUUGUGUUGCAGACCGUCGAGGAGCAGAGUGUGAGUGGCUGCGACAUUGCGUUGGGCCUCAGGAGAACAGUGUGUGACUGUGUCUCGAGCAUCCUGCGUGGCCGUUGCCAGAAAGCAGCCUCCUGGAGAGCAGCAGAGCAGCAGGCUGUCUGCGCUAUGGCGGCUGAGCUGCAUUUCUCGCCCCCUGAGAUCCGUGAGCCCACGCUGAUGGAGAACGUGCUGCGCUCCGGCCUCUUCUUUGGAGCCGUUUUCCAGCUUGUGUGCGUGUGGGCCAUAACCCUGCCAGUUCCCAAGUGCCCAGAGACAGACUGGCACAGUCUUGGGACUCGGUCUGGCGAGACAGUGAAGAAAGCCAAGGCAAGUGCUGCUCUGCUGAGGAAGAAAGCCCAGAAGGAGAGCAAAAAGAACCGAGCAGGGCUUGAGCGAGAAGGCCCACAGGACACUCGAAUCAGCUGGAAUGCUUCCUCGGAGGUGGCACCAAAGGCAGCGGACUGAGUCAGCGUCCGGUUUUGUGGCAUGGCCGUGCUUUCUCUGUCACGGACAGGGCAGCGGAACUGAGGCACCUGGAAGGGAAGGGCUUGUGCUGCAUUCCAAGCAAAGAGGGCUUGCCAGAGCCAGGUCUUCAUCUAUGGCAAGAGACGGAGAGGCUGUGUUCCUUCAGGCUGCGUCUCUUCAGGGCCAGGGCCGGUCUAGUGUGAGAUUGAAGUACGGCUAGCCGGGCCUGGAGGGAGAGGAGCUGACGUAGCCACAGGGUCAGGCUUCUCCUUGUGUCUGCCUGGAGGCUGAUUGACUCAUUGCUAAGCAGAAACCCUGGGCGCUGGGGUUUCAUUUUGGGCUGUGUUGAUAAAUACAAGCCAGAGCCUUUUACAUUGAAUAAAAGCGAAACCAACUUUUUCCACACGGUGCUGCCUCUUUCCGUAGCUGGUCAAAAGGUCCCGUGCUUGGGCUGGCAAUCGUGGGGCCAUGAACCGGUUGGCUCUCCCCUGAAAUUCUGCUGGUUUUCCCCCGUUUCCUUGUUGGUCUUCCCAACGGGUGGCCUUUCAGCCCACCUGUAACUGCUGGCCACAGGCUGUGAGCCUGCCCUUGCUCUCCAAGGACCGCUAGCAAAAGCACGAAGGAGGGGAA